AUGGCGGCAGCGGGCCUCGCUGAGAUUUCCGAUGUGGACAUCGACUCUGACGGCGUCUUCAAAUAUGUGCUGAUUCGAGUCCACACGGCACCACCCUCCGACGCCAAAGACGCGGAGAGUAAAGAGAUUGUGCGCGGCUACAAGUGGGCCGAGUACCACGGUGAGGCCGACAUCUACGAUAAAGUGUCGGGCGAGAUACAGAGAAAGGGCUGCGGCUGCGAGUGCCUGGGCGGCGGGCGCAUCUCCCACCAGAGUCAGGACAAGAAGAUCCACGUGUACGGCUACUCCAUGGGUUAUGGGCGUGCUCAGCAUUCCAUCACUACCGAGAAGAUCAAAGCUAAGUACCCGGACUAUGAGGUCACCUGGGCUGAUGAUGGCUACUGA